GUUCAUUCAUGGCCAUCAUUAAUUCAUUAGGGCGUCGUCACUGCCAGGCCUCAACCUCUUCUCCUCCUCCCUUCAACACCACCCCCAACGGACCCAACAAUUACCAUUAAAACCCAGCAUUUGUUGGCGGCGCUGUAAGGCCUCAGCUUUAUCAUAGAUCAAUGAAGCACAUUGUGAAGAUUAUGACAUUGCUGGUUGGCAUCUCUGCCUUAUGGUUUGGCCUCUUGAAGACAUAUGUGGUUCCAAGUAGCCAUACUUUAUUACUACCUAUCUAUUUUAUCAUGUGUCUUGGAUGCUAUGGCCUAUUAAUGGUUGGAGUUGGUCUGAUGCGGUUUCCAACUUGUCCUCAAGAAGCAUUGCUUUUGCAGCAGGACAUCAUUGAGGCCAAGGAUUAUUUGAAGCAAAGAGGGGUUGAUGUCGGUUCUGAAUGAUUUGGGGAAAAAUCACUUUGUUCAAUCUGCCAGUGGAGUGGGGAAUUGCCAUUUUUAGACAAAUAUUUUGCAGUGGCAUAUAUAUGGAUUUUUACUAAUCGUUUAUCAAGUGACCUCUUAGGCCUAUAUGUGAACAAAUUCCUUUUGCUUUCUUGCCCAAAGAAAAAGAAAGAAAAAAUGAAUCACUCUAUUGGUAGAGUUGUAAGAGUGAAAAAUUAUGUUAAUUUCCCUUUUUUCGGUUAUAGUAAGUACAGAAAAAAAUAAAGAGGAAGGGAACUUUUUUUAAUA